CGCCUGUGCCAUCCAGGGGGGGACGCACUCCAAACCACAACCGCCAAACUACUAGCAAAACAAUCAUUUGAAUACGAUCAACUUCAUUUCAAACCGGGCAUCGUUUUCGACAGACCUACACUAAACAUUCAAUAUGGCCGACACAACCGAAUCAAAACGCCUCGGUAAACGCCCAGAGACCGACGAUGCGCUUCAACAACAACAGCAACAAGCGACACCAGCAACAGGCGGCGUAAUCCAGAUGGAACAUGUUAACAACCAACCAGCCACCGCCUCCGCAACAACCGCAACAACAGGCUCACCGUCCCAUGCCCAGAACAACAAGGAAGGCGAACCAUCAAUACCCACAGUCACCGGCGCCGUGCCCGUCACAUUGCAAGAUGUCAUGGACGAAACCGACCCAGUUUCCCCCCCAGAAUCCCAACCACAAGCCGUCAACGAUCCCGACUCGAUAUCUCAAGCAUCUCAGUCAGCGUCGGGACCCAGUAGUACCGAAGCCCCAGUCUGCAACAUCACCCUCCUCCUACCCACGGGAGCCCGACACCCAUACAAGAUCGACGAAAAGUAUCUGUCCAAACGGGGUGUCGACAUCCCUGAGACCGUGGCGGGGACGGGCCAGCCGGAUCCGUUCAGCAUCUCCGUGUAUAAGGUCAAGGAGUUGAUACUGAGGGAGUGGAGGGAGGAGUGGGAGGGGAAGCCGGCGAGUCCGACUAGCAUUCGGUUGAUUCACUUUGGGAAGUUGUUGGAUGAUAAAGAGAGUUUGAAGAAAUACAAAUUCUCCCCCGACACCCCCAACGUCGUCCACAUGUCGGUUCGACCAGCCGAGAUGAUGGAAGAAGACGGCGAAGGCGCCAAAGGCGGCAAGACCGCAGGCGGGCGAGAAGGAUCGAGGAGAGAAGGAGGAGGUGGGUGUUGUGUUAUUCUAUGAGGGAUGGACACAACAUGCUCUCUGCUUAUCUCGUCCUUUGCCGGCUCGCUGUUUCGAAGCGUCUUUAUAUCAACAUCAGAGUGAUAUCAGAUUGGGUUCGGUUGAUGUCGCUACCGAUACCGAUUGAAUAUCGACAAAUCAAUCUGAACAGCAGUGGACCCAGCGUCGACUCGACGAACGAGUCUUUGGCCCCUUUGAAGCG